AUGGCGCCUUUAACUCGAUCGGCCGCCGGGGCCUCCAUAUUUACACCGGUCCCCCAGCCGCAUAGACAAACCGAGGUCAUCAGUAUCGACGAUGAUUCGCAACAAUCUUUCGAUGAAGAUGAAGAAUUGGAUGAUGAAGAACAAGUUUCGGAGGAUCAAUCGGAGGAUCAAUCGGAAGACCAGUCGGAAGACCAAGAUGGCAUGGACGAAGAUAUGGAUGGCGACACCGCAUCGGAGACUGGGUCCGAUGUUUCUGAUCCCGAGCCUUCUAUGCAGUCUACCUUUGGGAUUUCCGCCAAAUCUCAAGACACUCCGCUAUUCACCGCCGCAGGCGCCCAGGAAGCACUGCACCCCCUUCGCCGGACGGCUGACCGCGUCACUCGCCAGAUCGAAGCAUUUGCCGACAAGCUAGAUCAGUUCAAGCGCGACAAUUCAACCGACGAUUUCAACAGCGCUCAGGCAGCUUACAAGCUCGUGCAGAGCUACCGUGACAUCGCGAACAAUGCAAUCAAGGAAAUCGAGACCCAACAGAACGUUGACCGGACAAAAGCAGGUUUCCGGUCAAGCGGAUCGCAAGACAGCAAAAGUUACGAGGAGAUACGGCGAUUGCAACUUGAAGCCGACACUUGGCGCCUGCUUCUUAACCUGAUCAGUAUUGACGACCCCUCCAGCCGGGCCAGUUACAAAGUAGGACGGCAGACAGCUUUCCAGAACCUUCACCGGUACUCGAGUGAUCGUGAGAUUUGGGAGGAGUUCCUCAAUGCCGACCAAUAUGGCCUUGAAUGCGUGGUUGCCAUGCGAUGGUUGGAGGAGACCUCCAAGACAGCAAGCCAAGAAUUCGAUACCCUGAUCACGGAAAUGGAGGGACAAGCAGAAAGAGGCCAAGGACUGUGGACAACCGGUUGGCUUUUUACCAAAGAAGCGAUUAAGGGCCACAAACGUUUGCGCGCCUGGCCACAACCUCUCGAGCCCAAUGACCCUGGAAUCUCGCGCUCGCUUUUGAGCAACGAUGAACAGAAGCCACUUAUCACUCAACUCGAUCCCGAUGCCAUCACUCGUCAAAAGCACAGUUUACAAAAGCAGGACGAAUUCCACGAGCGCGCUACCUGGAUAUCUUGCUGGAAGAUGCUUAGACAAGGCGAGAACUGGACUAAGAUUCGUGAAUGGGCAGAGACCCGUCUGGAAGGAUGGAGGGCUGUCAGCUUGUGUGGCUCUAGUGUGGAUCCCAAGUCAGGAAGUUCUCGAUAUCCAUCUGACGAUGGGCACACACGUUUGAUGAACAGUCGAUCUCACGAUUCAUGGCGCACCGCCUGCGCUGCGCUAACGCGCGACCCCAAUACUGAUGAAUUUCAGCGAGCAGUCUAUGCCUUGCUCGCUGGUGAAACCGAUGCUGCAGCCAGUGUCUGCCGCAGCUGGGACGACUUCCUUUACGUGUACUUUAACCGUGUCGUGCUCUCCCGCUAUCAGGGAUUUUGCAAGCAAUUCCAGCGGAAGCUCAGCCACUCUCCCAACACCGCCGUUGCCUUUCAGCCGGAACCGGCUGGGCACGCCGAACUUCAGAAGUUCCUCGUCUAUCUCAAAGGCAAUGACCGAGUCAGCGGCGAAGCGCGCAAUCCGUUCCGCAACAUCCAAGCCACUAUCCUCAGCAAAGGCUACGAUUCAUUCUUCACUUCUUUGGCUCAAGCUGUAUCUCAAGUCAGCGCCGAUAAAUAUGGGAAGAAUUCUGUCAUCCCUGACAUUGUGCGCAAGCCAGUAGAUGAGUCUUUCCUCAUAGCUGCCGAUGAUGAAGAAGCUCUCAGAAUUGCAGCUCAUGUUUACGUUGUGGCCAGUGCGAGGGGCUACGCCCGCGCGGAUGCCCACUUCGUUGAAACGGCGUCGGUGAUCUUGGCUGGGCAUAUUGCCAACCUGGAAGAUAGGGGUCUAUUCCAUCUUGUCCCCCUUUACGUGUCUCUUCUCCCCGCAACGAUGGGACACCAAGUUCUAUCCAAGAUUCUGAUUGAAAUUGUGGACCCACAAGAAAAGGUCCAGCAAGUUAAGCUCGCGCAGAAACAUCAGAUUGACAUGGAAACUGUCCUCGAUGUCCAAUGGGCGUGGGUGAAGGAGAAUGUAUCUGCGAUUGAACACUCUAGAGGCGUCACUGGCUAUUCCAGAGUGCUUCGACGACCUGACGGUUCCCGGGCAUUGGUAUCACCUAAGACCGACCUGAUUGGGACCUCCGUCGCUCCGGAAGACGACAGGAUGAUUCGCAGUCUGGAGUGGCUUCGCUACAUAGAUGGACAGUGGGAUAAGAUUUGCGAUCUUGGAUCCUGGCUGUAUCGCAAGUUCUUCCUUGCUGAUAAGCUUGCCGCUGCUCGCGAGUUGAGUUUCCGUCUUCGGUUGGCUGACAUCUCAAUUGAAAAAUUCGGAUCCGAUAUCAUUUCCAUGCCUCCGCAGGAAGUAGGACAUACCGAAGCAGCCACACCAACUAGUCCCAGCAAAUCAAAGAGGAACAGCCUCCACCGCCGAAGUCUGUCCGGCUCCAACAAUGUUGCACUGGUUUCAGCAUAUUACCGAGCUCACCGGGUUUUAGAUCUGGAGAGUUUGGCUCUCGGGUUCGAUGGGGUGGAGCAGUUUGCCUUGGUGCACGAGCAGAUGUCCAAGACCAAACGCCGACGUGACUCGGGCACCUUGAAUGGCAUGGGUCAAGACAUGAAUGAAUGCGUGGCUGUUUUAGAAGAAUGGGUUGGGCAAGUAGUCGCUGAAGAGUGGCUGCCCACAUCUACUGAUGCCGAGGAGGAACAAGACUUUGAGUACAUUCGGACAACCUACGUUCCAGAGCUGAUUCUUGAUUGGCACAAUGCCUUGUACUACGCCAGUCACACCCUCGAGCGACACGAUCUGUUGACAUCUUGCAUGAUUGUGUCUAUCUGGGUCGCAAACUACGAGCAUGUCACUCGCGCCUUUACAAAGUCACGACGCAUGGCUGAGCUCGUCGAUGUCCUUGCUUUGUCGAGCAAGGCCUUGGUCAUCCGAGACUCCACCCAGCGCAAGUCCUCGAUGGACCACACAACCUUUGAAAAGGGCCAGGAAUUGAAGAUCUGGGAUGUCACGAUCUCCGAAGAAGAGAAGAAGAGGCUUGGGAUUGUAUCGGACCCAGACCGCGAACAGUAG